AUGGCGUCCCUAACACAAGCCAGCAAGAAGCAGAAGACGACGGACGUCUCCUCACCAGACACAGUACUUGACUUGGAAGCCUUGAAGGAGACGUGGUCUCCGGGGCGCGAACGGCGACAUCAACUGGUGACAAUGAAGAUUGAAGGUCCUGCCGCGCUCGCCUCAACUGGUGCAGUGAAAGACACGAUAAUGCCUGCACGAGCGGGCCCUUUGCGUGGCGGCGACUGGAUUCUUAACAAGGAUGGUGGAGCAGCCACAAUUAGCUUCUUCUUUCUGCACAACGGGGAGACGUAUGGAAUCACUGUGGGACACCUCGUGGAAAAAGUUGGAGAUCCGGUUUUUUGCUUUUCGGAAGCAACAAAGCUCCCCAAUCCUCUUCCACAGGACUCAGAAGUCUCAGAAGGUCAUGAGAUUGAUGAGUCAUACUUCAUGCAUGAGAUUGGGACCGUUGUGUCCUUGUCACGCUCAACAGAUUCUUUGGUCUUUGAUUUGAACGGUAUGGUUGCAGUUAGUGAGCCAUUGAAGAUGGCUCCCGGGUCGGGCAUCAUGGGUAAACUGAAGCUGCCGGACGUGAGGCAGGUCAUGCCACCACCUCCUCCUCUGAGAGGAACGAGUCUAGUUGGAUUCGGUGCUCAACGUCGUGGAGCUCACGCCAAAGUGAGGAUCCCUUCGGCAACGGUUGACUGUGACCACUCGCGGAAAGGAAACAUCGGCAUUAUUGAUGCUGACGAUGUUGGCAAGAAAGUUACAAACGCUGGCGAUUGUGGCAGCAUAUUCGCUAGUCUGGAUGGGACUGCGCAGUACCUCCACCACUGUGGAGGCAGCGACGACAAUGAGCCUCCGUUACUCUCCUACGGAUAUCCAGUGUGGGAGGUCUUGAAAAGCCACAAGCAUCUCGGUGGUGAAGGCGAGGACAUCUUAGAGGAAGAAGAAGAUGACAAGAAGACUCAAGUCAAAGAAUGCGCCGUUGUUGCCUCCCCAGGAGGAGUUGCAGGACCCAAGAAAACCAUCAAACACUUCCCUGGUGCCAAAAUUGUGGACGCUCCUGCUCGACACGCGGUGCGAUCUCUUGCCAACUUCAUCCAAACUUGGAAGUCGUUUCUGGCAAAAACAACACCCCAGUCACUUUGUGUUUGA